ACUUCCGCCCGCGGCCUGUACGUCCUGUCAUCCCGCGCUGCGCACUUCACCACGCGUGGGUUACAGUUUGUCCUUUCCAGCCCAAGCAUGGACGUGUCCGGAGUGUAAACAUCUGGACAGUAGCGAGUAAAGCCGACGGAUGUUUUUAGAGUAAUACCUGCUAACAUUUUGUGAACCAGAGGACUGUGUGUCUGGUUGCAAAUGGAAGCCGAUGGUUUGGUUCGCAGGAGGCGGAUGAGCGCGGAGCCGCCCGGUGGAGAUGGCGCGGUUGCAGGAGCUUCCGCCGGCGCAGAAGUGCGCUGGUUCGGUGGCAGGAUCUGGGCUCUGUCCGAGGGCAUAAUGGGCACUCUGUCCCCGCGAAUAGGAAGCGAGUCAGAACUUAACACGGUGCAGCUGCAUGGGUCCCAGGAAGUGACCGAGAUUUCGGAACCGGAUUACGAAGGUCUGCCUCAAGGAGCUUCAACCAGCACGUACAUGUUAGCCGGGGCCGUGGCGGGGAUCAUGGAGCACUGUCUUAUGUUUCCCAUCGACUGUGUGAAGACCCGCAUGCAGAGCUUGCAACCCGAUCCAGCUGCCCGCUACCGUAAUGUAAUGGAUGCUCUGUGGCGUAUCAUGAGGACUGAGGGCAUCUGGCGGCCAAUCAGAGGCCUGAAUAUCACAGCAGUGGGGGCAGGGCCUGCCCACGCACUCUACUUUGCCUGCUACGAGAAGCUAAAAAAGACUCUCGGCGAUGUCAUCUACCCAGGAGCCAACAGUCAUUUGGCGAACGGAGCUGCAGGAUGCGUGGCCACCCUGCUUCACGACGUCGCCAUGAACCCGGCUGAAGUGGUGAAGCAAAGGAUGCAGAUGUACAACUCGCCGUAUCGGAGUGUGCUGGAGUGCAUACGCUGUGUUUGGCGACAUGAAGGUCCCGGGGCAUUUUACCGCAGCUAUACCACACAACUCACCAUGAACGUGCCGUUCCAGGCGCUGCACUUCAUCACGUACGAGUACCUCCAGGAGAUUCUCAACCCCCCCAGACUGUACAACCCCUCAUCUCAUAUGAUUUCGGGAGCUCUAGCUGGGGCGGUGGCUGCUGCUGCCACCACGCCACUGGAUGUGUGUAAGACUCUACUAAACACACAGGAGACGCUGGCACUGCACUCAGUGAGCCCCGGCCGAGCACACAUCUCAGGCCUGGCCCAUGCCUUCAGGACAGUAUACAGGCUGGGCGGCCUGCCUGCCUACUUCAAAGGUGUGCAGGCUCGAGUCAUCUACCAGAUGCCCUCUACAGCCAUCAGCUGGUCUGUUUAUGAAUUCUUCAAGUACAUCAUCACCAAGCAUCAGCUCGAGCGCCUGAGGAUGCAGAGGGACGGAGAGAAGUAGGCGCUCACUCAAUCAUUGUCUAACCCUGCCCUUGAUCAGCAACUCCCCUGGCCUUGAUGUUCUCUCUCUCGCUGUCUCUCCUGUUUGCUGUACCACCACUGAGGCAUGCAUGCUGCAGAGAGACAGAGAGAAGAAGCCGCUCACACGCACACUCAUCUGGGCUUGCUCAGAAGAUACCCUGGACUCCCCUCCUUUUCUGUCUCCUUUUCUCCCGCGAUAUCUCCAUCACUACACCACCAGCCAUGGCUCCAUAUUGCACAGGGACGGACUGGUUGGACAUCAGAACCAAUAUUUAUACCCACAGUUGCAUUGCACUAGCAUUUCUGGCAGCCCAAAUGUGAUUACUCUUGAUCCCACCAGAGGGCAUUAGAAGCCUCUAUUAAGAUAAAUGAAAAAAGUUGCUACUGAGAGGAAGGUCUUUGAAAUUCAAUGAUAUAGAUUAGAAAUCUGUGUAAUGUAGCCUUCUCUAAGCAAAGAUAUAGUAAUGUAUUUGAGGAAAAUAUAUUUUUGAAAAUUCAGCACAGAUUACAAUUUUAACAAAAAUGAAAGCAUUUAGACCAAAUAACAUACAGUAUGAAAGAUGAAUAGAGGUCAGAGAUAGAAAAAAAAUAUACAAUGUACUUUUCAUAAGAAUUGGUUUUGCUUACAUAAGGUUAAGUCAUUUUUAGAUCUAAAGUAUAUUCUGAAAGAAUCCUGGGACCCCUAAAUUACCAUCAUAGGUUUUGAGUCUACCAAGCGUUUGAGAAAACAGCUGGGGAAUAAAUGCACUUGAGAAGAAUUGCUAUUUCCUUCUGAUCUUUAUAAUGUUACUGCAUUAUCUGUAAGCUGCAUUGGAAGCAAUAACAGUGUUUAGUAAUUGGAAUAUUGUUCUAAUUUCUCCAACUGUUCUUACUUGCACUGAUUAAAAUCGAAGGCCAUUUAAAAGAUCUAAUUGUGGUUACGGUAAUCUGCAUUUACUGUAAUCUGAGUAGUUGUAGGCAGAAGAAUAUAAUGGCCUCUGUGAAACAUCAUGGUUGGUUUUUGACUGAAGUCUAUUUCAUUGCCCCCCUGUGUUGCUUGACUACGCCUUAAUGUUAAUAAGUUACGGAGUCGGUCCUUUUGGCAUUUGUCUAUGCUCUACCCUGUACCCAGCUUUCAAUAAAGUAGCAGUGCUGUGACUACUGCCUGCUUAACUUGGA